AUGUACGCGGAGAAGGUGCGGUCGGUGGCCAACCGGCCCGGGGCGAAGGCCCAGACGUACGUGCGAGACUGCUGCGGGGUCUCGGUCAAGGCCCUCUUCGUGCUGGGCCACCGCGUGGCCGUGGACUACCUGGCGGGCAGGGCCAGCGUGGACGGCUGGAUACACUGCCAGGCGGCCGCGCGGGACGCGGCGAUGCUGCUGGGGCUCAGGAGGCGGCUGCAGGAGGUGCUCCAGCGGCUGCUCAGCAAGCCCUCCUUCGAGGUGCCCGGCGGCGAGGACCAGGAGGUCAUCAACGCGGUCACCAGCCUCCUGGUGAUGGACAUCGAGCGCGCCCUCGGGCCCUCUGCGGCGCGCGGGGGAAAGAGAGGCGCGCAGGUCGCCGGGCAGCUCGCGGUGUGCGCGGGGGUCCUGGACAUGAUGGUGCACAAGCACGGGAACCACGUGAUCCAGAA